AUGGAUGGUGACGGCAACACUGUUGACAGGGACGAUGAAGCUGUGGAGUCAGAGAUGGAUGAGUAUGGCUAUAGCGGAAUUGACAAAGAGGAGGAACUUACUGAUGAUGAACUUGAAGCUGGUGAAGAUGAUGACGGCGAUGGCAAUGGUGACGACGAAGACGACAUAGUUGGUGAUCGCCUGGGUCCCGAGGAUGGAGAUGAUGAUGCCGGGGAUGACUUCGAGGGAUAUGAUGACUUUUGGUUUUCUUAUAGCUGCAAUAUGAAGACUUAUUUUCCCUUGCAAGUCAGUCACAUUGCUGGUCUAGUCAUAUCAGAUAAACAUAAGUCUGGUAACGUCCUUACAUUUGAACACAAGACUUGUGACAUACUACAAGACUCGCACCAGGCUGGCACUCCAUUGCAUGGCGGCUGCCAUAUCAUAUCUGACCAAUAA